AUUUCACCCACCUUCCAUCCUCCCACACGCGUGACCAAGAAUGAGCAAUGUUUUCCUCAUUGUGCGCAUGUCCUCGCUCCAUACUCGUCCUUUUUCGGACUGCAAGACGACAUCCGAAACUGACCCGAGGGAAAAUACCCAAAGCCUGGCUGUUGUACACCGAACGCUCCUCGGACCAAUUGAUUUCGGGCGUUUCGAGGUGUCGGAAGUGUGUCGUCCUUCUUUGACCGCGAUUGUGGUUCUGUCCUCUAGUGUUCAUUGUGCCGUGCCGUUGGAGGCUAAUUCCCCUUCUACUUGUGGAGGUGUUCGUGCGUCGGUGUGCGUUUGUAUGGUCGUCUGUUGGAAUUUUCGGCCAUUUCAAUUCGCCGUGCCGUGCCGGGGCUAAGAAAGGGAGUGUUGGGUGAGGAAAUUUGUGGAUAAUUGGCGUCGAGAAAGCUCGAUUUGCUGGAUUCUCGGAACUUGGAACGGUUCCUGGAGGAUCUUCGUGGAAAACGCGACAGUGUUAUUCGGGUGUAGAGAGAUACGUGGGAAGCUUUGUGGAAUACGAUUUUCGUGGGAAAUUCUGUGGAAGCAGGUGAAGUGUCAAUCAGUGUCCACCAGUGGCUGGGUUGAUUGAAUCCUUCUUGUGUAGUGUUCUAUAUCAGUGCAAGGUGAAGAAAACAGUUAGCAUUCGUACGGAUCUAUAAAGUUGGAGAAAGGAAGAGUUGACUGCCACCAACACCACUAAAGGACGUUUGUGCCAAGAUGAACAAACUGGGCCUUACGGUGAAGGUACUGCUGGUGCUGGCCCUUGUCGGCACGUUCGUAGCAGAUGCCAAGAAGAAGUCGAACAAGUACGGUGAUGGCGAUUUCGAGUUUGUUGAUGAGGACGAUAAAAGCAAUCAGCAACAGUUGCAGGACUCGAUCCAGAAACAGCAACAACUACAGCAGCAACAACAGCAACAGCAGCAAAUUCCCGAGAAGAAGAAAUGGAUCCACGACCCUUCGAGUGAUCUUUGCAAACCGCUAAAUUGCAAAAAGAAAGAAUUGUGCUUGCUGGAAGAUGCAUACACAGCCGUUUGUGUUUCCAAGAAGGAACUUCACAAAAACAAAUUUAUCAAUAGCUACAACACACUUUCUAACAGAGACGAGAUUAUCACCAAGAGCAAAUACCUAGAAGAAGAGGAAGCCAAGCGGAAAAUCGAAGCGGAAGCAGCCGAAUCUGGCCUUAUUAAUGGAGCCAGUAACGUUGGUCCCAGCAGUGGCAGCAGUUCCAGCAACAGUGGCAAUCUCGAUUCCAGUUCCAGUGAUGGUAACAUUGGUGGAAGUGGCAUAGGCAGCGGCAUCAGCAGCAGCAGCAACAGCAACUCCAACAGUGGUAGCUCCAGCAGCAAUAGCGAAGGAGAUGAUUUGCUACAACGUGAUCAGGAAGAUCCGGACGACGAAAGUUCCGCCCAAGACGACGACGUUUUCUAUGACAGCGAUGGCGGCGAGAAGGAGGAAGAAAACUGCAAACCCUGCCCGGUGGUGAAGCCGACGUUCCUCUGCGGAAGCGAUAACCGAACUUACUCGUCCCUGUGCCGGAUGGAAUACCACAAUUGCAUCCACGGCAGCUUUGUCAAGGUCAACUGCAAGGGAUUCUGCCCGUGCAAAGAUGCCAACAGCCUGGCGUCGGAUUUGAAGAAGCAACAGCGGAUGGCCGACCGGAUGAACGCAUUCAAUGCCAAGUACCAGCGAACGAUCGAAAGCAACGACAUCAAUGCCGCCAACGGAGGUGGCAUGGACGGAAGCAUUGGUGGCUCCUCCUCGUUGUCAUCGAGUGGCACCGGUAGCACCAGCGGAAAGCUCAAAGAGGAGAAGAACCGUCAUUUCAAUCACAUUAACUCACAGUACACGUUCACCCCGGAGGACAUUAAGUACGACAACAAGCACUACAAGUACAUAAAGUACACCUCGUACAAGACCAAGCCACGCCAACAACUGCAGCAGCAGCAGCAACAGCAGCCACAGUAUGACUCGUUUGGGCUGUCGCCAUCGCAGGGAGGCUCUUCGUCCUCGUCCCGGGCUAAUGAAGACAAGCACAAAAUUCGUGGCUACAACGAAGUCCUCGAUAAACCAGUUAGCAAAUCACCAAAGUUGUCCAACAAUGCUGCACGCUACCCGAUGAAAUCUAUCGAGUGCAAACCGCAGCAGCUGACCGCCAUCGGUAACCGACUGCUCGAUUGGUUCUCGGUCAUCAUGGCCGACAGCAAGAAGCGCCGCCAGCACCAGCAGCAGAAGAACAAGGUCCACUUCCCGGCCGCGUGCAAACUGGAGGCCCGCUGGAUGUUCGGCCACCUGGAUCUGAACAACGACGGCGAGCUUUCGUCGCAGGAGCUGUACGACUUGGAACACGACCAGAACGAGCGCUGCAUCAAACCGUUCAUCGACACGUGCGACCUGGACCAGGACAAUACGAUCGAUCCGCGAGAAUGGUGCCGCUGCUUCGAGAAGACCGACCGGCCGUGUGCCGCCGUCCGAAGGCGUCUGGGAACUGAUUUGAAUGGAUCAGGAUAUGCACCGGAUUGCGACAGUCAAGGAUUCUAUAAGCCGACUCAGUGCCACCAGGCUGUUGGGGUGUGCUGGUGCGUGGAUGAGCAUGGUGUUGAGUUCGCUAACACGCGUACUCGCGGAAAGCCCAAUUGCGACGAGAUAAUCAACAACGCGAACACGCUCAACACCGACGACGAGGACGCCGAGGAUUCCGAAGAUGACGAUGACAGCCAGGAAGGCAGCGCCGAUCGACUGUUGGUUUUCUAAGGCGAACAAAGCCAGCCAGCCGCCAGCCACAGCAGCAGCAUUUCCCUUCUGCCGAAAAACCGAAACAGAAGAAAAAGUUUUAAGUUCCAUCAUCCUUCCUCCCGUGGGGGGCUUCCGGCUUUUCAUUUUCUUUUUGGAUCAGACAGUUCUCGGUAUACAAGGAGUUUGCCUUUUUUCUUGGUUGGUUUGGAAUAACCGUUGAUUUUGGUGGAUGCUGUUUUGUCAUAAUUGAACGCUGCAGCAAUUUCAUCGUUUGUUCAAAACUUGUUGAUUGAUAUGUUUUUGUACGGAAAACUUUUUCGGGCCCUACAUUCCCAUAUACUGUUUUGUUCCUCCGAAAUGAAUGAGAUUUAUCUUUUUUUUUCUCUUGUGAUUUCCGUAUGGAAGCGGAUCUGAAGCGUGAACACUCGAAAAUUAGAAAAGCAAACACUAAAACAUCCCCGUCCUUUAUUAGCGUCGUGAGUCUUAACUGUUAUUAAGUUUGAACUUUUGGAUAAAACUGAUUGUGGAACACUUAAUUAUUAGACGAAAAGUUAUCUAAGGAAAAUUGUCGUCCGUAUGGUUGGAGGAAGAAUUCGGAUUA